CUACCCCAGCUCACCACCACAGUUGAACAACAGAAACGCAGCACUCAUCCACGCAAAAAAACCCUUGCCUUAAAAAAAAUGCAAUUCUCGCUGCCUCAGCUAUCGUACACUCAUAAAAAUUUAACAGACUUCCAGCCACCGAUCAGAAAUGAUGGACGUGCUGCGAACCAGCUGCGUGCUUUUUCCGGUCAAGUCGACGUUUUGCCAGGUGCGAAUGGUUCUGCGCGUGUAAAAUGCGGUUCAGUUGUUGAGGUUGUUGUCGGUGUUAAGGCUGAGAUUGGUGAAGCAGAUUCCAAGCGUGGUGGUGCGUUUCUUGCUUCUGUUGAAGUUCCGACAUUUAUUGCCCAACAGAAUCGAGAGAAUGAUCCAGUACCGGCAUUUUUGACGAGAUCGAUGCAAGCGUUGUUGGAUCAAUUAGACACAAAAUACUUGCAGUUUACACCCUCUCGUGCUUGGACAGUGUAUGUGGAUGCUGUGGUGGUAACAUGUGCUGUUGCCGACGAGCAAUUGCUUACAGCAUUAAGCUUGGCCACUCGUUUGGCCUUGCUGUGUACGCGGAUUCCUCGUAUAUCUACUCCAGACGUUUCUGAAGACAUCAUCGGAUCAUCCAAGUACGAGCCAUCGGAGGAGUUCGACGCAGAUCCUGAUUGGGACCAUGCAUUGCCCUUGCAAGGUUUGGAUGCCAUGUCUGUGAUUGUUGCUGCUUCGGUUGUUGAUCAAGUGGUCCUCAUCGACCCGACUCCUGAAGAAGCUAGUGUGUCUCAAGCAACGUAUGCCGUGGCCGUCCAACCUUCGGGGAACAUUGCCUACACACGCUCUAUCUUAAAUGCCGGUGGAUAUGCUUCCACCGGUUUGGCUGUCUCUCCAGCUCAGUGGUUAGAAAUGACCCAAGUUGCUUCGAAGGCCGGCAUUGAACUUGUUAAAGCUAGUGAUCAAAUCUUAAGCUUUUCUAGUCACGAUCUGCAGGACAUCCUUCCUUAAGCCAGGAGUCAUUGCAAGGAAAAUAGGUCUGGGUUCGAGUGGCAUGGACGCUGGUGUUGUCAUUGGCAGGUAUAUAUUAUAUACAUUAGGCUAUAUCAUGAGAUGUAAUGUUAAAGAAAAAAAGUCAUGGUAAUGGUCGAUCAGGAAAAGAAAAGGUAGCAUUAUUGAUUACUGCUUUGACAGGCGUUAAGCUUGAAGAAUAGUCAAACAUUACCCACUCCGCUUAUAAUUCUCACUAUAAGCAGUGUAUCAGUAACAUGCGUUACAAAUGGACACCAACUGGCUUGUUUUGAUCCAGUUGUUGUAGCAGGUCCUGGAUUUUUGUUACAGUAGCCUUGCGCUGUGUCCGCAUAACGGGAUUGCCUUGAGUUUCGACGGCAUCCAGCUUAAAUAGCUGCUGUAAAAGCAAUUCGCUGAGCAUAAUAUUGCGCUCCAGUCGUUUUUUCGGGACCUCUGGAGGAGACUUAAUGUAAGUUUUCACAGCAGGUUCAAGUUCAGCAUCGACAUGAUCUGUUAUGGACUGUAAUUCUUUCAUAACAGGACUUGAAGCACUAGGUUGUUGUUUCUCAUCAACAACAGGCUCAGUGGUUGCUUCUUCGUUAUCAUCUUCUGCUUGAGCAGACCGAUGGUGCUUCUUGUGACGUUUACGGCACAGAAUUUUGCUUUUGUUUUUUAUACCAUACUUGGACAACUUUUCAUUCAUAUGGGUUAACCGUCUACCAGCGAAAACCAAGCUGACUUCGGUUUCGGGAAUGUCGAGCGCUUGAGCGACAAGAUUGUAUAAGUGUUGCAUAUUCUCAUUCAGGUUGACCUCGAUAGGAACCCGCUUGUCCCAAUAAUGGAUUAUUACGACGGCGCGUUUGCUUUCUGGCAUUUUUUGGUGACGCUUUCAAGAAGAUAAUUGGAAGUUUUUUUUAAACUUGGAAAAAAUGACUUUUGGUGAACACAGUUCAGUAAUGAUUGAACCUUGAGACAAAGAGGCUGGAAGUAUAGAUUUGUAUGUAAAUGAACGCAAGUAGUUCAGGAAGGAAGGCAGUUCAGAAGUAAGUACUUGAUCUUAGGGCUGGUAUAGCUCGGGGAGGUGUCGGUAGGUCCG